CACAUUAUUUUCUUAGUCAAGUGUACCAUGCGAGUAACAAUAAUGUGGACGAUUUUAUUAAUUCUCAUUCUCGGCUCUGUGGAAAUUUUGUCUUGCAAAUACGACUUCAAACAUCCACAUUAUCUUCCUCAGCCUGAAAAUACAUUUCCGUAUAAGAUCAGAGCUACAAGUUACGAAUAUAGUCCAGGAACAACAAUAACUUUGUCAAUUAGUGGAGAUACUUUCAAUAGUAUCUACGUACAGGCAAUUGAUGGGGAUAGCAAUGAGGCCAUAGGAACUUGGAGAAGAGCUCAGGGAAGUGUUCCAAUUGAUGCUUGCAGUGCUGUAUUGCAUUCAAGUUACGAAGACAGCACAGAUUCCAUUGAACUCAAAUGGGUUUCCCCAGUUGAUGGGAAUGGAAAAGUUGUUUUUGGGGUGCAUAUCGUCAAGAACCUCACGACUUUUUGGAUAAUAGUUGUCAGGCGUGACUUACUGAUACAGGAAGAACUAAAAUCAACCAAUUCGACUACAAUAUCAACUACCUAAAUUAAACUGUCGAGUUAAUAAAAUAUGUUUAUGUUGUAGCAGAAAUAUGAAUGAGAGAAUCUAACGUAAUAGAUAAAAUUCGUUAUAAUUUUAGUCGUUGACAAAAUUUGAAAGUAAAACAAUCAAAUCAUUCUGUAAGGCGAGUAAGGCGGUAUUUAGACUAGAGGUUUAGCCCAGUUUCCGAAGGUCUCCAAAUUCUAUUUAGCGAGCAAUUUUAUUGCUUUUUGAGAGCCUAAUAGGUUAAUUGUUUUUUAUAAUCCAAUCCUAAGUUUAAUCUUUUCAAAAAUUCGUGAUUUAUAAGGAAUUAGAGAAGUUAAGCCAUAUGGCUAAGCCUUAGGUCUGAAGCUCGUAUAAGGAAUGCAAAGAAUUUAUUUUCAUUUAUUUUUAUUUAUUUUUUCAAUUUAUUUAUAAAACCAACAACAAAAUGCAUAAAAUCUAAUCUUAAAUGUAUUGCUGAUCGGAUAAUGGAAUUUUAAAAAUCUUAAUAUUUAUUACAUUGCAUGAAUUUGUUCUAGAGUGAAAGGAACGUCUAUUGACACUAAGAACUCGUGUCAGCACCUAUUGAUCUAUUGAUCCUAAAUGUACCAUUUGGGAUAUAUAAUUUGAACAUCUCUGUUUAUAGUAAAAGAUAUAUUAUAGAAAAAACGUUAUAUUACUCAUAUUUUACUAGAUACAUUAAAUAAUUUUCAAUGUUUUGACAAAAGUUUCAAUAGGGGUUCCCUGUCGAACAGACGUUCCUCCGACCCUACUCAGAAAAAAAAGUUUGUAGAAAAGGAGUUAAAGUUUUGUAGUUUCCAUAUAAAAAGUUACAAAUGGAGGUAGAAUGUGGUUCCAAUACAAAAGUUUGUAAAAAGGUUUGUAGUUUUACAGCCGAAUUUGUAAUUUAGCAUCUUUACAAACUAGGUUUGUACAGCUACAAACCUUGGAGUUAAAAGUUUGUAACUCAUUCAAUUUACAAACAAAGGUUUGUUCAGCUACAAACUUUGGAGUUAAAGGUUUGUAGGUCGCUUAUUUUACAAACCUUUUGCUUUAGAACAAACUUAUUUGUAAAGAGCUGUAAUUGUAAUGAAAUAUUUAUUACUUUUUUAUUUUUCUUUUACUUUUAAUCUCUCAACAUAUAAAAAAGCAGAUUUAUUGGGUUCUCGGUUAAUUUUUAAUAAAAUUACAUGUGCUAAUGUGUGUGUGAGUGAGAGAAAUGGACUACAGAGGAUGAACUGGGUUUACAAUAGUGACUACUUUUUUCUCUUUCAGAUAAUAUGACUGAUUUUGUCUAAAUAAUAGAUUUAAAUACAAUUAGCUUUAGAUUGGAAAUUUAUGAUUACAAAAAUGGCAAAACAAUUAAAAACCUACUUGAAGUAGCGUUCAUUCAUAUAAAAUUAAACCCGGUUAUUUUCAGAUAACAUAUUGUAAACGCACAAAACGUUGAAUUCAAAUCCAGUUUGAGUCAACAACAGUGGCGCUGUUGUUGACUUUAAAAAAAUGUAACUUUUUGUUAAUUGUUGUUAUGAAAAUACAAUAUAAUUUACUUUAAAAA